GUUUUUAGUUUUUGUGGUGCGUUCAGUUCUUUGUUGUUGUUUGGCCCUCGCAUUUCGUCCGUCGCCAGAAUUUUAUUGAUAUGCGCGCUAUUCGGUGAUAAGCAGUGUACUUAACAAAUCAGCGACUGUUGACAAUUAGUAAUGGCCAGUGUGGGAACAGCCUGAGAUGCUAAAAUAGAAGCCCCCAUCGGAGACGAAUUGCAAGUGCAAACUGCAGCGCGGUGCAGCGUAUACGCGCUUCAGUGCAGCGCCGAUCAACGGAACGGAUUCGAUCUGGACUGGACUGGACUGGAGUGAGCUCAAGCUCUAGAAUAGGCAGCCAUGAAGUUCGCCGAGCACCUGUCGGCGCACAUAACGCCCGAGUGGCGCAAGCAGUACAUCAACUAUGAGGAAAUGAAGGCCAUGCUGUAUUUGGCCGUGGAGGAGGCGCCAUCGGUGGAAAGUGUCGAGGAUGAUGUGCUGAAGCGGCAUUUUGCCAACUUCGAUGAGAACUUCUUUCACUUCUGCGACAAGGAGCUGAAGAAGAUCAACACAUUCUACUCGGAGAAGCUGGCGGAGGCCACGCGAAAGUUUGCCACCCUGAAUGCCGAGCUGAAGACCUCCAUCGAGGAGUCGGAGCGGAGUGCCAAGAAGUCCAAGGGCCAGAAGCGGCAUGCCGCGCUGCCCGAUCGCAAGGCCCGCGAACUGAAGUUGGCCUUCAGCGAGUUCUACCUGAGUCUGAUCCUCCUGCAGAACUAUCAGAAUCUGAAUCACACCGGCUUUCGCAAAAUACUCAAGAAGCACGAUAAACUUCUACGCGUUGAUACCGGCGCCAAGUGGCGGCAGGAGUACGUGGAGGCGUCGCACUUCUUCACCAACAAGGACAUCGACAACAUCAUCAAUGAGACGGAGACGACGGUCACCGGCGAACUGGAGGGCGGCGAUCGGCAGCGGGCCAUGAAGCGGCUGCGGGUGCCGCCGCUGGGCGAGCAGCAGAGUCCGUGGACGACCUUCAAGGUGGGCCUCUUCUCCGGCAGCUUCAUAGUGCUGGGCAUUGUGGUGGUGCUGUCGGCCAUCUUCCACGAGAUCAGCGGCGAGAAUCUGAAGGUCACGUUCCGCCUGUACCGCGGACCGCUGCUCAUCAUCGAGUUCAUCUUCCUCAUCGGCGUGAACAUCUACGGCUGGCGGUCGUCGGGCGUCAAUCAUGUGCUCAUCUUCGAGCUGGAUCCGCGCAAUCAUCUAUCCGAGCAGCAUCUCAUGGAGCUGGCGGCCAUUUUCGGCGUCGUGUGGACGCUCAGCAUGCUGAGUUUCCUGUACAGCGCCAGUUUGGCCAUACCGGCGUUCAUCAAUCCACUAACGCUGACGCUGAUUAUGGUGCUGUUCCUGGCCAAUCCGUUCCAUGUGCUCCACCACGACGCUCGCUUUUGGCUGUGGCGCAUCACGGGUCGCUGCCUGUCCGCCCCGUUCUUUCAUGUGGGCUUCGCCGACUUCUGGCUGGGCGAUCAGCUGAACUCGCUGGCCACUGCCAUUCUGGACUUCGAGUAUCUCAUCUGUUUUUACUUCACAAACGGCAACUGGACGGAGGCGAGGGAUGCCUCCAUUUGCAUGGAGAAGGACUUCAUUAUACGGCCAAUUGUCAAUUGCCUGCCCGCUUGGUUUCGAUUCGCACAAUGCCUGCGGCGAUAUCGCGACUCGCGGGAGGCCUUUCCCCACUUGGUCAACGCCGGCAAAUACUCAACCACCUUCCUGGUAGUGAUCUUCGCCACCCUCAAGAGCUUUCACAGUCCGAACUAUGCCAGCACAUUUGACAAUCCCUAUACCUGGCUGUGGAUCAUCGCCUCGAUUGUGUCCUCGUGCUAUGCCUACACCUGGGACAUCAAGAUGGAUUGGGGUCUGUUCGACAAGAAUGCCGGCGAGAAUACUUUCCUGCGCGAGGAAGUCGUCUACUCUUCGACGGGUUUCUACUACUUUGCCAUUGUGGAAGAUCUGGCGCUGCGCUUUAUUUGGGCGCUGUCUUUCUACCUCACCGAGAUGAAGAUCGUGAGCGGCGACAUAAUGACCUCCAUCACAGGCAUCCUGGAGGUGUUCCGUCGCUUUGUUUGGAACUUUUUCCGCCUGGAGAACGAGCAUCUGAACAAUUGCGGCAAAUUCCGAGCGGUGCGCGACAUAUCAAUAGCGCCGCUGGAUUCCUCCGACCAGGCGCUCAUCCUGCGCAUGAUGGACGAGACGGAUGGCGUGAUCAAUCGCUACACCAAGACGAACCGACCCAAGCCCAAAAAGGUCAAGGAUCCGGAGAAGCGGAGCCUGCUGCAGACGCGCGGUUCGCUGCCCGACCUUCGCAUCGAUAUGGACAGCAAGAAAUUGUAGACAACCAGCGCCGCCCACCGAGUUGUGCUUCCUAACGAACGAUUUUGCGGAACGUGUUGUACGACAGUCUAUCCAUAAUUCAAUUUACACCAUUUUUUUUGUUUAAAUUAAUUUUUUUUUUCGCGUUGUUUAGCUAAUUUGUAUAUUUAGUGACUAAGUACUUAAAGUUGAGGAGAGACAAUGUCCAGCAAUAAUUAGUGCAUAAGUUUUCUAACUAAUUUAGCAUUCCAUUUAUGCGAUUAACAAACGAAAAAGACCAAACCUCUAUAUAUCUAUAACCUGUAACCUGUAACCCUUAACCCCUAGUUCCUAAGCCACAUUUCCACGUUUCCAAAUCCAAUUCGAAAUCCACACCUUCCACACAAAUUGGAGUCGAGAACGGCAGUAUUAGUACUUAGAAAAGGCGAACAAAAUAACUAAAAUCCAAGCAAAUGAAAAAAAAACAA